AAUCACAAUGUAAUUCUCAAAUGAAUACCAAUCAUUCUUUAAAACCACCUGUGGAUUCUCUGUUAGGAAAAGUAGUGUGCAAAAAUUACCUUAUUGUUUCCAAAAUUAAUGAAGGAUCAUUUGGUAAGGUGUAUAAGGCUAUUCACUAAAUUAAACAAGAUUAUUAUGCAGUCAAAAUUGAGGCCCAAGAACAUAGAUAAAAGAAGGGUGAGACUUUGAGAUUGGAAGCAGAGAUUCUCAAAAAACUUAAUGGUGAAAGAGGGAUCCCUAGGUUAUACUAUUAUAUUGAAGAUUCAACUUAAAGAGUGCUUGUUGAAACCUUAUUGGGUAUUGAUUUAAUAAUUAAAUAUUUUAGGAAGGAACCUUGACGAAUUGUAUAACUUAUGCAACCACAAAUUUUCUUUAAAAACCGUCUUACUCUUCAUGGACCAAGCCAUUAGUCGAUUAGAAUAUCUUCAUUCCUAAGGGGUAAAUAAUUUAGUGAGAUAAAGUGCCCUAGUAUAUUCACAGAGACAUUAAGCCAGAGAAUUUCAUGAUAGGAAUUCCUCCAAAUGAAAACCUCAUUUAUCUCAUUGACUUCGGACUCAACGCCCCAAUUUACGAUUCAUAAAAGAGACUGUUGCCAAAAUUAAAAGGUCAACCAUUAGUCGGAACUGCUCGCUUUACCCCAAUCUGUUCUCAUUAAGGAUAUAGCUAAAGCAGGGCAAGUGAUUUAGAGUCCUUAGGUUAUUUGGCCAUAUUUUUUUUAAAAGGUUCUCUCCCUUGGAUGAAGGUCGAAGCUUAAACCAAAGAGGAGCGAUUUUAUUUAAUUGGGUAAAAGAAGAUGAGAGAAACUCCUAUGUCGUUGUGGUAACAAUGUAAUGUAAUUUUAGUGUGGGAUUACCUAGAGAGUUUGAGGGAUACUUCAACUACAUUUUCAAUGUUUCUCAUGAUACUGAACCUUCUUACACUUACUUGAGAAAGUUGUUAAAAGGGUUGAUGCAUAGAAUGCAAUAUAAUGAUAAUGUUUUUGACUGGUAAGAGAUUAUUAAGAAGGAGGAGGAGAGUAAGAAAAGUUCCAAUAAAAAAAUUAAGUUAAACGCUUAAACCUAACAAUUCAAACCCAUUGAAUCUGAGGAUGAGCAAGAUAGUCCUAAGGUGGCUAUGAUGUAAUCAAAAGAUUCGAAGAAAAGCUCGUCAAAUUUUCUUAAAAGAAGUAUCACUGAUCAAUUGAAUUUCUCAAAGUAAUAAAGUGUCAAUCAAAGGAAUAAUAUCGAACUUUUAAUUUCACAAAAUGAAUUGCUUAAUCUUAGAUUAAAGUAGAAACUAUUAAUAAAUAACAAUAAUAACGCUUAGGAAGAACCUGAAAAUUUUGGCUUCGGAGUUAUGAAUGAAUAUUAUCCAUAUCCUACCAUGCAGUAAUAAAUGGAUUAGUUGAUUACAAUUAUUACUAAAUUUAUUAUUAAUUAAUGA